ACGUCAUGCUGAGCAGGUGCAGCCGCACUAUGUGAUCAUUUCCUGGUUGUUAGUCUUUGUAAUAUGAUAUCCUGGAGGGAGGAGUCGAUAAAUCUUCUACGUAAACGAAAGUUAAGUAAAAGAAAUGAAAGGGUUGGGUGUGGUGAAAGGUAAAGCAGGUUUCACCAGUAAGAAAGUACAUUUAUUGGGCUUGAGAAGUAAAGCAGCUGUUACUAUUACUGCAAUUUCAGUUGGAACGUCUGUUGGCUGAGAAUUGAGAACUGACUUCAGUCAUGGCAGACGCUUUGUCCAUCCUGGAAGAGGAUUUGACAUGUCUCAUCUGUUGUGAUGUCUUCACCGAUCCGGUCACUUUGAAAUGUAGCCACAGUUUGUGUGAGAAAUGCCUCCAGCGCUUCUGGACGACUCAGGACGUGCCGCAGUGUCCGGUCUGUCGGAAGGAAUGCUCUCACGACGAGCCCACCAAGAGCCUGGCGUUCAGAGCGCUCUGUGAGUCCUUCAAGAACAGAAAACCCUCCGCUGUUUCAGGAGACGUUUGUCCAGAACAUGAAGAAAAGUUCAAACUCUUCUGCUUUGUGGACAAGCAGCCCAUCUGUGUGGUCUGUUACACAUCAAAGAAGCACGAAGAUCACAAGUGUUCUCCUGUCAACGAGGCUGCUGGGAAUUUAAAGGAGGAUCUCAAAACACAAAUGGACAGACUGCAGGCGACACUCGGUGACCUCAACGAAGCCCAUGAGAGCUGUGUCGAACGGGCUGAGCUCAGUAAGGAACACGCCAAUAUGGAUGAAAACCAAAUAAAGGAGGAAUUUGAGAAGCUCCAUCAGUUUCUGAGAGACGAAGAGGAGAAACAGAUCAGAUCCUUGCAUAAAGAAAUGAAACUUCAAGAUGAGAAACACCAGGCCAGAAUGAAGGAGCUCUCCGCACAGAUAUCAGAUCUGUCUGAGAGGAUGGCAGCCGUCUGGCAGGACAUAGAAGCUGAAAACAUCACAUUUCUCCAGAAUUACAGCGAUACUUUAAAAAGACUCCAACACCCAUCAGUAGCAAACACAACCCCUGAACUACAGGAAUAUCAGCACUAUCCCAUUCAGACAGUGAUCUUCACCACAUGGGUCAAAAUGCAGAACCUUCUGGAAAAGCCUCCUGUGACUCUGGACCCAGACACAGCAUCGAGUAAACUGCAGGUGUCACAGGAUUGCACCAGUGUUCAGUACGUAGAAAAUAAACUGGUUGUGUUUGAUAACCCAGAGAGAAUGUAUGUGGGAGUGCUGGCCUCACAGGGCUUCAGCUCAGGUGUGCACUGCUGGGACGUAGAGGUAAAAAACAACAGUCACUGGACGCUGGGAGUGGUGGCGGAAACAGUGAACCGCAAAAAAUAUUACAAAUUGUAUCCAAAGAAACAUUUUUGGUGUUUUCAUUACAUGAAUGCUACAUACAAGCAAGGAAAUGAUCCUGUCAGCAAUAUUAAUAGCAAUGAGAGGCCAAAUAUCAUCCGACUGCAGCUGGACUUUGAUGAAGGAGAGCUGAUAUUCAUCGACCCUUCCAGAAACAGGAUUUUGUGUACCUACACUGGUGGAUUUCCAGAGAAAGUGUUCCCAUAUUUCUGUACUGAAGAUAUGUUUAGCCCACUUAACAUUUUCAUGUCAAAUAAACAAAAAUGGUAAACCACAACUAACACAACAUUUUUUUUAUAUACGUUGUGUUUUGUGCAUGUGCCAAGAUAAUCCUCAAAUGCGAUGACCUUCAUGCAGUGUGAAUUGAGUUACAGUUUAUGGUGUCCAAAUAAUUUUUAGGGCCACUGUAUAUCAAGAUAUGGGAUUAUUUAAUCAUGUAAUGUUUAAGUGUAUAGGGUGAAACAUUAUAAAUAUGGCAAAUUUUAAUGUGAUUAUUAAUGAAAAAAUAAAUAAAGACUAU